CCACGUGGUGCGGGCGGGGCGGGCGGACGAUGGGGCCGCUGCCGCUGCUGCCGCGGUCGCCCCGGCGCAGGGGGCCCGGGCUGGGGGGAGCCCUCCUGGGGGCCGCCCUCCUCGGGGGGGUCCUGCUGGCGGCUCACGCCGACCCCGACCCCCACCGAGACGGGGCUGAGCCGUGCCGAGCCUGCCGCGGCCUCACCGACAGCUUCAUCAGGGGCCUGGAGCGGACAGAGCAUGAGGGCUUUGGUGGGGGUAACACAGCCUGGGAGGAGGAGAAGCUGUCCAAGUACCAGCACAGUGAGACCCGUCUGCUGGAGGUGCUGGAGGGUGUCUGUGCCCCCUCGGACUUCACCUGCCACCAACUGCUGGAGCGGAGUGAGGAGCACGUGGAGCAGUGGUGGUUCCAUGAGCGGCAGCAGCACCCUGACUUUUUCCAAUGGCUGUGUGUGGACAGACUGAUGCUUUGCUGUCCACCCGGCACCUACGGCCCGGACUGCCGGUCCUGUGCCGGUGGGCCCCGACAGCCCUGCAGCGGCAACGGGCGAUGCGACGGUGACGGCACACGCCGCGGCACCGGCCUCUGCGUCUGCAGCCCGGGCUACGGUGGCCCCUUCUGUGCCGAGUGUGGUGACGGCUACUAUGAGGCCUCGCGGAACAAGAGCCACCUCGUGUGUGCUGAGUGCUACCAGGCAUGCGGGCGCUGCACAGGGCCCGAGGACUCCAGCUGCCUUCGCUGCAAGAGGGGCUGGGUGCUGCAUGAGCACCGCUGCAUCGACAUAGAUGAGUGUGGCACGGAGAUGGCGCAUUGCCGAGCCAACCAGUACUGCGUCAACACAGAGGGCUCCUACGAGUGCCGAGACUGCUCCACGGCUUGCAUUGGCUGCAUGGGUGCCGGGCCGGCUCGCUGCAAGAAAUGCAACAAGGGCUACUGGCGGGAUGGAGCCAAGUGCCUGGACGUGGAUGAGUGUGCCAGUGCCGAGGAGCCAGUGUGCACAGGGGUGCAGGAGGUGUGUGAGAACACAGAGGGCAGCUACCGCUGUGUCUGUGCCCAAGGCCACAUCCGCCGUGACGGGCAGUGCGUUGAGGACAAGCCCCCUGAUGCCCCAGAGAAGGGCUUCUUUGAUGACGUGACUGAUGACGAGGUGGUGGUGCUGCAGCAGAUGUUCUUUGGUGUGAUGAUCUGUGCCCUUGCCACUCUGGCUGCCAAGGGUGACAUGGUCUUCACCGCCAUCUUCAUCGGCGCCGUGGCCGCCAUGGCCGGCUACUGGCUCUCUGACCGCAGUGACCGUGUCCUCGAUGGCUUCAUGAAGGGCAGAUAGCUCUGGAACUGCUGGGUGCAAGUGGAGGGGCAGGCUCAGCUUGGGGUGCAGGGCCUCCCCCAAGCAGGACUGGCUGCCAAGGCCACAUCCUGCACAUGAUGCUGUGCCCUGCAUGCGUCCCCCAGCCCCCCUUUAGCAUAGGAUCUUGUUUUCCCUGUCCCUGCAGAAUGAGCCAGGAGUACCUGAUCCUGGGGGCUCCCACACAGCCUCCUCUGGCUGGGAGGGGUGAUAUCAGGCAGUGCAGCAUCCUGUGGGGGGCACAGCAUGCUGCCCCCAGUUCCUCGUGCUCUGGAGGAGAGGCCUGGCAUUGUGACAGG